AUGGCGAAGGUGAGUCCCGUUUAUGAAGGGAAGCUGGGAAAGAGAGGGAGAGAAGGAGAUGAAGAAUGGAGGUCAAGAAUGGCGAGAAUAGAUGCCAGAGCUAGAAUGCGUAAUUUCAGAACUAAUUAUCCCAGAGCUCCACCACUUCCUGUUCCUUCACAGCCAUGGACGACGACGUUUAUCACAACAGGAGCUAGUUCUUCAAUGGCGUCGAAUGAUGAUGACGUGGUGAUUGAUGUUGAGGAGUGGACAAAAGAAGUGAUAAAAAUUGAAGAUGACGACGAGAAUGAGACAAAACAGAUUAUCAUCAAUGUUGACGAUGAAAAGGAGGAGACGGAAGAGCAGAAGACCGUGACUGAAACGGCGGCGGCGGAGGUACCGGAAGAUCGGGUUGGCUGUAAUGGGUGGUUCGUGGGACUAGAGGAGUGGCCGAUGACGUUGAGCUAUGAGGAGGACUGGAUGUGGUGGGGAAGGGCACCCUUAGGGUUAGGGUCCGGAAACCGUGGUUGGGAAUACAUAAGUGGAGUUGGUUGGAUUGAAAACCCUCCAUCAUAA